AUGGAUCCAUCGGGUCCAGACAGCAGCUCGGAGGGUCUCUUCGAAGGCAACCACCCUCCUUCUCCUUCCCCAGCCUCAAGGCUCACAUACCCCGCUUCACCCAAGGACAUGUCCACCGGGUCCUCGCUCGCCUUCCGUCCACCGCCUCGCCCAGGAUCAUCCUUACGAAAGGGUAGAAAGAGCGACUUCAACACGCCCGCUCCGCCUCCGCUGCCCACCGCACCUAUGCCAACCUUCGAACACAGACCUCUCGCCGAUACAACCAACUUUGGAUCCAAUCACACCAGGCUCAACGAAGCACAUCUACUCUCCUCGCCUUCGCGUUCGAUGCUGCGCUCGACCAGCCGUCAGUCUUUUGAGAACGGCAAGACCAUCGAUAUGACCCGUCUCGUGCGCGAGCGUCUUCAGGGUCUCCGCGAGGAGAAUGAGACCCAGGUCAACUCGGCCGGUCUUCUUGGCCAAGGUCUGCUCGGUCUGCGUAGCAAGAUCGAGUCGCUCAUGGAUGAGCUGGCCGAGGAGCUCAGUGCAGCGGAGGAUCAUUCCGAGGACAGUUACGGAGACAAGCCGUCCGAUGUCAGGAUCCGGGAUCUCAGCAGGAGGAUCGAAGUCGAGAUCGAGGACCUCGAGAAGCAAAAGCAGAAGCUCUUUUCCGAGAUCACCGUUCACAACGUCGAUGUCUCCCCAGAGACCGAUCCUGCCGCCGACGCAUCCAUCUUGAGCUUGUCAGAGACACCCUCAAAGGCGACCCGCGUUGCCGAUGCCAUCCGCAACCUGACCGCCACCCCAGGCAAGUCGCCAGCUGCACCCACUCACGCCACGCCCAGACAUGCGGAUCGACGGAGCCGCAAUGCCGCUGCUCGCCAGGCCAAGGCGGACACGGAUCUCAUCAACGAGAUCCAAGCCGGUCUUGUACAGGAGGUGCGCCGACUGCAAGGCCUGCUCAAGGAACGCGACGACCAGCGAGUCUCGCUCGAACGGUCGCAUACCGAGCUUGAAAAGCAGCUCGACCAGUACAAGCCGCGCGUCAUCCAGAUGACAGAGACCGAGGAUGCGCUCAAGCAGGAGAACUGGGACCUCAACGUAUCCAAGCAGAACCUCGAGGAGCAGCUCAGCGAGAUCAAGUCGACGCUCAAGAAGGCCGAGCUCGACAAUGCGCGCCUGAACAAGGAGAUCGGCAAAACGCGCGAGACGGUCGAUUCGCAACGACUGCAGAUCGAUGGCCACGUCGCCGAGAUCGAGCGUCUCAACAAGUCGCGCGAGACCGAGAUCGCCCUGGCAAGGAGGGAGCGCGCAGGCAUGCAGCGAGAUGUCUCCGACCUGCAGAGCGAGCUCCAGAAGAUCCGCAAUCAGCAGCUUAACGACCAAGGCGGUGUUUCGCGCAGCGUCUCCCACAGCUUCAUGUCCGACGCCGCCAACGAUCAAAAUGCCGAGGCGGAUGCGCUGGCCGCCCGUCUUCGUGCUGCUUCCGGUGAAGUACCCCGCUCUCCCGGCGAUUCGAUCUACUCGGCGGACGGCGCUGUGCUUUCGCCGCUUGGCAACCGUCUGGGACGCGACAAGGAAACACAAGAUCUGCGUGCCAAACUCGCGCUCGCCCAGCGCAAGGCUGGCAAGGAUGCCGCCGAGAAGCGACGCGUCCGCGAGAAGAACGCCGAGCUCUCAAAGCUGCUCGUCAAAGCUGGUGUCAAGGUUCCCCAGGGUCUCGACGAUGAUGCCGAGACCAGCGAAGACGAGGAGCUGCACUGGCUCGAUGACGGCGACGCCAACAGCCCCGCUGUGAAGCGCCUUUCGCACAUGCGCCUCAGCCGCCCAGCAUCCAUGCGCCCAAGGCUGGGCCGCAAGUUCGGCAUGGUCUCGAGCAACUCGACCGACUCGAUCGUCGAGUAUGCAGAGUACGAAGACGAUGCGCAGAUCGGCACGCCCGCAGGUCCGGACGAUGCUUCGCCGUCGCGCGCCAGCCUUGAUGGCAUGGACCCGGCGUUCGCCGAUUACAGCCGCGCCGACGCUGCCAAUACAAGCAUCGACAGCGUGGCCUCUCGCAACGUGCCUCGCGGUCACCGCUCGCGACCGUCUAUCGGCAGCAGCCCACUUGCCCGCAACGAACAACUGCCGCUGGCCGCCGACGAACAGGAGAGCCCGUCCCACCAGCGUGUCCUGCCGAAGGGCGGACGACGCAGCGGCGCUACCGUGCGACCGGCCUCGGCUGUGUUCGAGCCAAGCGCCCUUGGCAAUGAGCUCGGUGGACUGGCUGCAGAGCUCGAACAGCAAGCGGAUGUCCGAGAGAUGUUCGAAUCGAGCAUGCAGACCGACGACCUGCCUGAUCUCGUGGCCCCAGCUCUCGCCAAGCGAGACCAGGAGCACAAGGCUCAGCUCGAUGCUAUUCGCACCGAACACGACGAUGCCAUCGAGACGAUCCACGCCGAACACGCCGCCAAAGUUUCAACACUUCAGAGUCAACACGCCGAAGCCAUCGAGUCGCUCAAGAAGACGCAUAGCGAGCAACUCGAGGGGCUUUCUUCCCAACACGAGAAGAGUCUCAGCGACAAGGACGACAGCCAUGCGGCCGCUCUGGAGGCCGCUUUGGCCGAGCGUGCCAAGGUCCACGAUGCGGCAGUUGCCGAGGCCCGCUCGCGCCACUCAAAUGCUCUGGCAGAGCAGGUCGCCGCCUCGAGCGCAGCACUGGCCGCGGCUGUAGCGUCGCACAAGACGUCGAGCGAAGACUUUGAGCGCAAAGUCAAGGAGGAGAAGGAGCGAAGAGAAGAAUCGCACGCCUUUGCCCUCGGUCAGAAUGAUCGCCAGCACAAGGAGUCGGUCGAUGCCCUCGAAGCAUCGCACGCCGAAGCGCUGCACGGUCUUCGCACCGAACACCACCAGCUGCUCAGCAUCCGGGAUCAGGCGCUCGAAGAAGCCCACGCGCAGCUGGCGGAGCGCGAAGUGUCGCACAACGCGCUCGUGGCAUCGCACGCCGCCGAAGUGACCGCGCUCAAGAAACGACUUCAUGAGGCAGUCGCUCAGCACGACCAAGCCAUCAGGGAGCUGUCAGAUUCGCACGCCGGUGCCCUGACCGAUCUGCAAGAGCGCCACAGCAACGAGCUCGCCACUCACCAGAACUCAAACCGCGACCUCGCCGCAUCUCACGCUUCCGAGUUCGCUGCGCUGCAGGACAGCCACCGAGCCAAGCUCGAAGAGCAUCAGAGUUCGAUCAAGGAGCUCACCUUUUCGCACGCCUCCGCCGUCUCUGCCCUCGAACAAGGUCAUCGCGAGGCGCUGGCCGCUCGCGAUGUCGACUUGCAGGCUGCAAAACAAGAGCUCCAGUCACGAACCGAUGAGCUCGCGACCCGUACUCGGGAGCUCGAAGAGCGCAACAGCGAGCUUGGAGCUGCCAAGGCCGAGAUCGACGAGCUGCAAAGGAGCAUCGGAACACUGCGCGCCGACAUGCAGCAGCUCAAGCAACAGCUCGCCGAAUUGCAAAAGUCACACACCGCUGCCGAACGAGAGCUUUCCGAGACAAAGUCCAGUCUCGAUAUGGUCAACGACAAGGUGCGAAGGCAGGAGGAGACGGCUCGCGAACUUUCCCGUCAGCGCGAGGCCGAAGCUACCGCUGCGGCUGCGGCUGUCGCUGCUCGAUCUCAGGCGCUGAACGAUACGGCGGCGGAAAAGGAUCAGCUCGAAGCUGCGCACGCUGUUGCCUUGGCUCAGAAGGAGCGUCAGCACCAGGACGCCAUCAAGGAGCUCGAAGACGGCCACGCCUCGGCCAUCGCUUCCAUCCGUGGUGAUCACAAACAGGCACUCGACAGCCGCGACCAAGAGGUGGCCACGCAUCGACAGCUCGUUUCGCACCGAGAGCAGGAGCUCGAGACGAUGCGUGCCGGAUUGCAAAAGGCUCAGGCGCAGGUGCAGUCACUCGAGCAGCAGCUGGUCGAGGAGCGAGAGCGUGCUUCGGAGCAGCAGCGCACCGAGGUCGACAAGGUCCAGUCUCGUGUCAAGACGCUGGAACAGGAGCUCGUCGUCGAGAAGGACCGGGCUGUCGAAGAGCAGCGCACCCAAAUCGACAGGAUGCAGGCACAAGUCAGCCAGCUCGAGGAACAGCUUGCAAACGAACGCGAACGCGCGGCGCAACAGCAGAGCACAGAGGUCCAAAAGGUGCAGGCUCAGAUGCACAGUCUGGAGCAACAGCUCGUCACGGAGCGCGAGCGUGCUCUGGACGAGCAGCGCAAGGAGGUGGCCAAGGUGCAAGCACAGGUACAGGUGCUCGAGGUGCAGAUUACAAAGCUUCAGAGCGAUGCCGACGCAUCGCACCAGUCGCGUUCGCUCGCCGAAAGCAACCUCAAGGGUGCUCAGACCGCACACUCGGCUUUGCAAAAGCAACACGACGACGUCAAGGCGAACGUCGCCUCGCUUCAGUCCAAGGUCCGCUACCUCGAGUCGUCCAUCGCCGCUCAGCGCUCCUCCACGGAGCAGAACCGUCUUGCUUCGGACAAAGAGCUGCAGACGAUCCAGUCGGCACUCAACACGGCUCAGAAGAAGGUACGCGAGCAAGAGGCAACGAUCGCACGGGUGGAGGCCGCUGCUGCUGCCGCCACCGCUGCCGCUGCCGCCGCGGAGACUCAGCUUUUGACCAAGAACGACGUCGUCACAGACACCGAGAACGAGGCCGACGACUUCAAGGACGCCGUUGAGCCGACUGAGGCUGUGGCAAGCGAGGCCGACAAAAACCCUGCGACACCCAAAGCAUCCGCGAUCGAGUUGAAAGAGUCGUCCUGUCAGACCGACGAUGAGGCAUGGCAGCUCUUCCAGCAGCAACGCCAACGCGAUGCUCUCGCCGCUGCUGCCCCCGCAUCGCCGUUGCAGCCUACAAGAGAGAGCCUCGCUGCCCACAACAAGCUUGUCGUCCUCGGCAGCCGCGCCCGCGACUCGGUCGGAACAUUCGGAGGUGAGCGGGCGUCGUCGCCUGCCACCGUUCUUUACGGCACAGACACCUUUGGCAGCCAGAGCCAGAGUCGCAGACCCUCGACCGACUCGACUUGGUCGCGUCACACCGACCGAUUUGCAUCCGACGCCAUCCCGCCUGUGCCGGCUCUGCCGGAUAAGACCAAAGCUCCCGUCCUUUCGAUGCCUCCUCCUCCUUCGAUGCCUCCUCCGUCCACGCUGAAGAGGAGUGUGUUGGCGCCGGCCGGUGGUCAGGCUCCACCUCGUCCCACAUCGCCUCCUCCAGCCGACUUGCUCACGCGAGCACAGCAGAUCCAUUUGCAGCUGCCCGCCGGUUCCAACGAGCAGCCCCGCUCCGUUUCGCGCGCGUCCGCUCGCAGCGGCCCUCCGCCGAGCGCCUACCCAACCAACGCUCGCCUGCGUCAGCAGAGCUCCGGGGCUGGCAGCAUUCGUUCGCGCACCCACUCGAACGACUCGGCCAACCCACAGCCGCUGGACAGCAGCAUCUACGCGAAUCUGGCCUCUGGUCGCAAGAGCAUCGGCUCGCGCAAGUCGGCCGGUCGUCGCCCCGGUGCGGGGCCGCGUCAGUCUUCUGCCGCCUCGUUUGUGUCGGACGUCACCUCGGAGCUCAGUCGUCGCCUCUCAAUGGUAUCGUCUGUUGCUUCCGCAGCCGAUGCGGGCGACGAGACCUUCGUCGUCCGAGGAGCGGGCGCCGCUGGCAAGAGCGGGCAGCAUGGGCUUUCCGAAUUCGGGGCCGACGCUACAGACCCGGCCAUCAUCCACGCCAUCACGCAGACCAUGAUCGGCGAGUACAUGUACAAGUACACGCGCAAGUCGAUGGGACGCGGCGGCCACUCGGACAAGCGCCAUCGCCGCUACUUUUGGCUGCACCCGUACACCAAGAUGCUGUACUGGACCAUCAGCGAUCCGGGAGGAGCCAAGGUGUCGGAGGGUACGAGCAAGAGCGCACCGAUCGAAAGCGUGCGCGUGGUCGAAGACAGCAACCCGUCUCCACCGGGUCUGCACGCCGAAAGCAUCAUCAUCACCACAGCCUCGCGCGAGGUCAAGAUCAGCGCACCCAACCGCGAGCGACACGAGGCGUGGCUUGCUGCACUCGAGUACCUUGUGCAUCGCCCCGCAAUUCAAGACGCCACGGUGAUCGCCAGCAACGCGGCACCCGAGCUGAUGAGCGAUGCAGAGAACGACGCGACGCUGAUAACACGAAGCGUCGGACGCAGGGCCAAGCCUCGUGCUUCGGCGGCUACGUUGGGGAGCGCAUCGGUGAUGGGAUCGCGCAGGCCGUCGGCUCAACGAAGCUUUUUGGGUCGUAGAACGUCUGAGAACGCUCUGCGGACCGAGUCGACGCCGCGCCGACGUGGCAGCGUGGGCGGCCAGAGCGUGCUGUACCCAUCGUUGGGCAAACGACGCGACACGGCUGCCAAGGAGUUCUUCCAGCAACACGAACACGACCGCGAGCUGUCCGUGUCGAUGAGCCCGAGCCACAGCGUGCGAAACGGCGUGUAUGCGGCCAGCGUCCGCAGCGGCGAUGCAGGCGAGGAAGAUUACGAACUGCUCGACCUGACGGCCACUCAGUCGCCGAUCCGUCGCGCGCUCGCCAACGACGAUCCACGCCUCAAGACGGCGGAGCAGAUGCUGGAAGAGGACGAGCCGGAGGACUGGGACGGUCUCACCAACGUCCGUGCGUGCUGUGACGGCAAGCACGACGUUGGCUCACUGGCGCACCACCACCACCCCAACCAGGGAGGAUCGGCUAGCGGGAGUCGCAAGUCGUCUCGUCUUCACCGACGCGAAUCGUCCGGUGGGUCUAGAUUCUCUUCGAUCGGGUUGAAGUCAAAGCUGGACGCUGCAGUCAGAGCUGCUGAAGAGCGCGAGCAGCAGCAACAACCCGUGCCACCAGUUCCGAGAUUGCCGGCUUCGCUGUUGCCCAGCGGCACGCCUUUUGGCAAGACGGUGAUGGAGCGCGAAAGCAUGGACAGCAACCAUUCGAACGGUGUAGCUCAGGAACAGAGUCUCACAGCUGGUCGAGCCGCGUCGGGACCUAGCUACGGUCAGCGCGUGCAGCAGAUUCGAAAAGCUAGACAGUCGGCGGGAAGCACUGGCGGACGUUGA